ACGUAAUCAGACGUUUUAUAAAGAGAAGAUAUGUAUUCAAGUAAAAUAUUAAAGUCCUUGGCCACACGGCCAAUGAUUCAGUUACAAACACUAGUACCAGACUGGAUGCCUUUAAACCAGGAAGAGACCAAUCGAUGGUGCACUUUGCCCGAGGCUUACGACCAAGAUUUUGCCAAAAGAAUCCACAACUUUGAGACGAGGGAAAGUGAUGUUUUUGUGGUGACUUUUAUGAAAUGUGGGACAACCUGGAUGCAGGAGUUGGCCUGGCUUUUGCUAAAUAAUCUAGAUUUUGAGAGGGCCAGGUCAAGUUUUUUACUGAGACGCAGUCCCCAUAUCGAACACUCUGCCAUAGACAACAAGGUCACUGUGGAUAACAUAUCUUUGUGCGAUAACUUGAAGGACGAUCCCCGUCUCAUUAAAACCCACUUACCAGCCCAGUUGCUGCCCAAACAGAUUUGGUUGAAAAAAAGGAAAAUUAUAUACGUGGCUCGCAAUCCAAAGGAUGUUCUUGUUUCUUCUUACCAUUUCCUAACCGGCAUAGGACUCUGGGAGGGAAGUUUGGAGGAGUUCACAAAUCAGUUUAUCGAGGAUCGCAUUAUAUUCACUUCAUACUGGUCGCAUGUCUUGGACUUUCAUCAAAUGCGCCACGAACCAAAUGUUUUUUUUGUAACAUACGAGGAAAUGAAAAACGAUUUGAAAAGUGUAGAUUUAUAG